CCAUGACUGUUGCAAUCAGACACACACGGGCCUUCUCAGCUUCCCCUUCGGCACCCUCCCCACUCUGCACACUGCCCGGUCCUGGGGCCCGCACUCGAGCCUCUUUCUGCCCAGGCAGCAGUACCUGCUCAUAGGACAGUCGCAGCUACUGCGCGGAUGGCAUGUCACAGGUUUGAAAGGGGAGACAUGUGUUUCAGCAGUCACUCAGGACCAUACGCAGAGAAUCAAGAAGCUCAGCGAGCCACAGGAUCCGAACUGAGAAUCAUCCUUGUGGGCAAGACAGGAACUGGCAAAAGUGCUACAGGGAACAGCCUACUCGGGAAGCAAGCAUUCGAGUCCAGGCUGAGUGCCCAGUCCUUGACGAAGACUUGCAGCGUGAGUCGGGGGAGCUGGAGCGGGAGAGAGAUGGUCGUAAUUGACACACCGGAUAUGUUUUCUGGGAGGGACCCCUCUGAGUCCCUGUACGAAGAGGUGCAGCGGUGCUUCUUGCUUUCGGCACCAGGACCGCAUGUGCUGCUCCUGGUGACACAGCUGGGCCGAUUCACCACCAAGGAUGAGCAGGCGGUGCGGCGGCUGAAGGAGCUCUUCGGAGCAGAUGUCCUGAGACACACAAUCGUCCUCUUCACCCGCAAGGAGGACCUCGAGGGAGGCUCCCUGAUGCAUUUCAUCCACGGCUCAGAUAACAAAGCCCUGAGCAAGCUGGUGGCGGCGUGUGGGGGGCGAGUGUGUGCCUUUAAUAAUCGUGCUAAAGGGAGCAACCGGGAUGCCCAGGUGAAGGAGCUAAUGGACUUGAUUGAGAGCCUAGUGAGGGCGAAAAAGGGUGACUGCUAUACCAAUCGGCUGUGCAGCCUCCUAACCGGGUCAGAAUGUGGACCAGGGCAAUCGGAGGAAAGAUUAAAGGACCUCAAAGGGAGCUUCAUAAAGUACAUGGCGAUCCAGAGAUGUUGCACGUCUGUGGCCAAAGCAAACUGCCUAAGAAAAGCCCUAGUCAAAACAGGAAUGCGUAUUUUAUGGGGUAUGCAGGUGUUUGCCACAUGGCUAAUUCUGGUAUUUUGUGUAUUGCACAGAACAUGCAGUUUAUUUUACCACUUACCCUUUAGGAUAUGCGAUUUGCUCUAUAGCUUCUUGUUAAUAAUACUCCAAAAAUUAAUGGUAAUUUUUAGACGGACCAUUGGAAUGGCAUCCAAGACUCCUAGGUCAUAGUUCUAGAUCAGUGAUUCUUAACUCACUGUCACACAGUGGGUGAAUCUCAGUGCCUCCCCUGUAAAAUCUCAUCACUGCAUUUUUGAGAUUCUGCAAAGUGUUUAAUCGUAACAUCAUUGUUAUUUUAAAAGUUACUGUUUGUUUUGAAAGAGCAUACCAAAACCUUUUCGAAAGCUGUAAACAUAAAACUCCUCUCAUUUGCAAAUCUCUAAAUUCAGUCUUAUGUUCCCAAAAACACCUUUUCUUCUUUAUACUGUUACUAUUUCUAAUACAAAAAUGACAAUAAACAACAUACAAUAACAA